AGAAACGAAUGAAUGUGGAUAAGUCAAGUGAUAUGAGAGCAACAGAGUAGCUAGCUAGGGUUUCUGUGAAACUAACGCGAUACAUGUUUCUUUUAUAACAUUUAACGCCGAGCUGCUGUACGACAUGCGGUAACACAGCUCCGUGCGUGUGUCCUCCAGUUGCAGCAGCAGCAGCAGCAGCAAUGUUGCCCUCGGCCAGCACUGUCCUGCGGUCUACAGUCAAACUGCUGCCGCGGCCUCUGUGGAACCGAGGUUGUUUUUGGUGCUCGUACAGAAGCAUUUCGUUGAAACCAGGAGGUUUGAAACCAAAGACAGUUCCACAUCGGUACCUGGGCCAGCCCAGCCCUUUCACACAUCCACACCUCAUUAAACAUGGUGAGGUGACCCCGGGCUUGAGUCAGACAGAGUACGAGCUCCGUAGACACCGGCUGGCCUCUCUUAUUGAGGCCCAGGCAGACAGAUUGGGACCGUCUGCAUCCUCUAGCACCCAUGUCGUCAUUGUUUUGUCCCAUCCCACCCGCUACAUGAGCAAUGACAUCCCUUAUCCCUUCCACCAAAACCAGGAUUUCCUCUAUCUCACUGGCUUCCUCGAGCCAGACAGUGCCUUGGUUCUUCAUGGGAAAGGGCGACCGGAUCAGGCCAUCUUGUUUGUGCCCCGCAGAGACCCAGGGCGAGAGCUGUGGGACGGGCCUCGGUCAGGGAAGGAUGGGGCUGCCGCUUUGACCGGCAUAGAGAGAGUUCAUAGCACUGAAGAACUGGGUUUGGUGCUCCACUCCCUUAAAGGCACUCUGCUGUGGUACGAUAACUCUCAGCCUGUUCACCCUCGACUCCACCAGGCUCAUGUAAAUCCUCUGCUGGAGGUGGGGCCCAUGCCGCGCACUCUCAAGCCCCUGAUCCACUCUCUCAGGGCCCUCAAGAGCUCAGCAGAGGUGGCGCUCAUGCAGGAAGCAGGUCGCAUAACAGCACAGGCUUUUAGGAGGACGAUGGCGCUGUCUCAAGGAGACGUGGAUGAAGCUGUCCUCUUUGCAAAGUUUGACUUUGAGAAUCGGCUGCAUGGUGCAAACUUCCUGGCUUAUCCUCCUGUGGUUGCUGGAGGUAAUCGGGCCAACACUCUUCACUAUAUAAACAACAACCAGGUCAUAAAGGAUGGUGAACUGGUGCUGCUCGAUGGUGGUUGUGAAUACUUUGGUUACGUCAGUGAUAUCACUCGAACAUGGCCAGUAAAUGGAAAAUUCAGCCCCACCCAGGCGGAGCUGUAUGAAGCUGUCCUGGAAGUGCAGCGCUCCUGUAUUUCUCUGUGUUCCCCUGGUGUCAGUCUAGAUCAUAUCUACAGCACCAUGCUGGCUCUGCUGGGACAACAGCUCAGGAGGCUUGGGAUCAUCAAGACCAGUGCAAGUGAUUCUGAUGUACUACAGGCCGCUCGACGGUACUGCCCCCACCAUGUUGGACAUUACCUAGGCAUGGAUGUCCACGACACUCCUGAGCUGUCCCGCUCACAGCCUCUACAGCCAGGAAUGGCCAUCACUAUAGAACCAGGGUUGUACAUCUGUAAGGACAAUGACCAGGCUCCUGAUCGUUUCCGUGGCUUGGGCAUCAGGAUCGAGGAUGAUGUGAUAAUCCAAGUCCAGGGUGGCCCUCUGAUAUUGUCUUCUGACACGCCAAAAACCAUUGCUGAUGUAGAAAAGGCUUGUGCGCAGAGAUGAGGCAGGGAGAAACCUUGAAAAGCUGAUGUAAUCCUCCAUAAAAAUUUAACUACUCAUCAACUCAUCAAUGUCUCAUGUGACAUGUGAUCAGCCUCUAUAUAUACACCACGUUUAUCUAAUAAUGUGAUGGUGCUCUCAGCAUUUUCAUUCUUAAAAACUACAGUAUGUGCUCCACAUCAUGUUUUCCAGAAUUGUCACAAUCAUGCCAAGUAAAAGUCAAGUUUAUUUGUUUUUAAAUCUUUUAAGUUCUUAAGCCAGUUCACACACUUCACAAUUAGUCUGUUAACACUCAAACAUGUGGCAGUUCAUGCUGCAGCAAAAAGGAUUUAAACACCAGAUGCAAUGAACAUGCAUUCACUGUUCUGUAGUAUUAUUGUCAGUAUAAUAAGGUCCAGAGGAUGUUACAUCUUUAAACACACACAAUAAAUUAUAAGGAACCUGUCAACAACAGCUGCCUCUAAUACACCAAUGCACUAGAUUAUGAAAUAAAUGAUUCUAUACAUAUGUGGGGAGGGGUUUUGUUCUUAGCAGAGAAAAAUAUUAUCUCUUGGACAUUGGUGUUUAUACUGUAUGUAUUAAAAAACUAUAUUUCUUUCAUAA